AUGGCUCCCCCACCGCUCGACCCAGCCCAAGAGGAUCUCUGCCACUACUUUCAACGAUGCGGUCUCUCCGAAGUGCGCUCUACCGAAACGGUACGAUCUAAAACGAGUUCGACGGUCGAAACCUUUUUCAGGAAACAUGCGCUCGAGCGCAAAGAUUUGAGCGACAAGCAGGCGUUGUUGAUGUUGCAGCUCGUCAAGGAGGCUGGGAAAGUUGCGCAGAGUGGACAGGCGUAUUUGGUUGGGAGGGUACAGGAUGGUGCUUUGGAGAGGGCGGAACAGGUGACCGGUGAGUUGAGUUGCGGAGUUGAGAGAGAGAGAGGAGGGGGAGGCAUGGAAGGAGCGGAGUGUGGCUGAUACGGGGGCUACGUUCACUUUCACAGCUGCUGUCAAGUACUUGUCUAGUCAUCCGGGAUCAGAGGUUGAUGAAGCAGAGUUCGACAAGGCGUGUGGUGUUGGUACGUGCUCGGUUUCGGCACCUUUUCCUUGAGACUGCACAGCUCUUUGGGCCCGAUCGCGCUGGAGUUGACUCGCCUACUCCACCACCCUCCCACUCUCGCCACCACCACCACUUUCAACCUACGCAGGCUUCUCGGCCACACCAGAACAAGUGCUCUCCGCCGUGCGGGCCUACGUCGACGCGCACAAGGACGAGAUCACCCCACUCGGCUGGCCGGGCAUCAACAAGGUUUCGGCCCAACUCAAGCCCAACGACGACUUUUUGCGAUGGGUCAACAUGCUCCAACUACGCGACGCGUUGAACGCCGUGUAUGUCGACCUUUUCGGCCAGAAACCGGAUCCGAAAGCGGCGGCUGCAGCGGGCAAGGGGGGAAAAGCUGGGGACAAGGUCGGUCGCCGGAUGAAGUCACUGCGUUAGCCUACACAGGCAUUCUGAUUCUUCUUUUUUUCCUUUUCCACCGGCUGUCCAGGAACCGACCAAGAAGGUAUCGACAAUACCCGCGGCGGCGGCCCCUGCCUCGGUCGUCUCUGACGACAAACCCGAAGACAUGUUUGGCACAGGAUGGCUCGCGCGAUUGCACAAGCCGGGAGGGAACGAGCAGGUCUAUCCUGAGCGAAUGCAGGAGCAUCUCAAGGCGACGGGAGGCAAGGUGUUUACCCGUUUCCCACCCGAACCGAAUGGGUUCUUGCAUGUCAGUUGGCGGGCUCGGCUCGUCGCAGGGAGGCAAAAUGUGGGGGUGCGGCCAGUUGAAAGCUCACUCUCCCUUUUCGCACCGCGCGUUCCCAGAUCGGUCAUUCGAAAGCCAUCGCCGUCAACUUUGGUUACGCCAAAUACAACAAAGGUCACUGCUACCUGCGCUACGACGACACCAACCCCGAGGCGGAGGAGCAGAUCUACUUUGACAAGAUCCUCGAGGCCGUGCGCUGGCUCGGCUACGAACCGUACAAGAUCACCCAUUCGAGCGACCACUUUGAAAAGUUGUACGAUUUGGCCAAGGAGUUGAUCAAGGCGGGAUUGGCCUAUACGUCGGAUGAUACGGGUCAGUGAAAAGAGUUCGACUUGCGGAGGUGUGAUGAUCAAAGACUGACCUCUGCGACUUGACGCUUCGCAGCCGAGGACAUCGCGGCACAACGAGGAGGCAAAGAACAUGGCCCGCGCCACGAUUCCAAGGACCGCACCAAGCCGAUCGAACAAUCUUUGAAAGAUUUUGAGGACAUGAAGAAUGGGAAAUACAAGCCCGGGGAGAUGACCCUGAGGAUGAAGCAGGACAUGUCGAGCCCGAACCCGACCAUGUGGGACAUCAUUGCUUAUCGCGUAUUGCUGACACCGCAUCAUCGUACGGGCACCGACUGGUGCAUUUAUCCGACGUACGAUUUCACCCAUUGCCUGUGUGAUUCGUUCGAGAACAUCUCGUAAGUCGUCGAGUUCGAUCGAGGUCACGUGUCUUCGGAGGCUGACUCGUUUCACAGCCACUCGUUGUGUACGACCGAGUUCAUCGGGGCUCGAACAGCCUACGAGUGGCUGUGCGACGCGCUCAAGGUGUACAAGCCUCGUCAAUCCGAGUACGGCCGACUGUCGCUCGAAGGCGCGAUCACCUCGAAGCGGAAGCUACUGCGACUCGUCAAGGAGGGCCACGUCUCGGGAUGGGACGAUCCUCGACUACACACCCUCAUUGCCCUCAAGCGACGAGGCGUACCCCCAGCGGCCAUCAUCGCUUUCGUUUCGCACCUCGGCGUCUCGCCCAACUCGUCACUCGUCUCGCUCGCUCGCUUCGAGCAGACCGUGCGCCAGCACCUCGAAAUGUCGACGCCGCGGCUGAUGAUGGUGCUCCAACCGAUCAAAGUCGUGCUCGAGAACGUCGACGACGAUUUUCACCUCGAGAUUGAGAAAGCGUUGCAUCCCAAACUCCCCGAGAUGGGAUCGAACCAGAUUCCGUUCACCAAGACGUUCUACAUCGACGCUGACGAUUUCAGAGCGGAGGCUGACUCGAAGGAUUUCUUUCGACUCUGUCCCGGUGCGACGGUCGGGUUGUUGCAGGUGCCUCAUGCGAUUACGUAUUCGUCGCAUGAGGUUGAUGAGAACGGUCGAGUCGAGGUGGUAAGGUGUCGGUACGAACUGGGCAAGACGAUCAAACCCAAGGCGUGGAUCCAGUGGGUCGCUGAACAUGCGCCGUCGCGCUCGCCCGUGAAGAUCAAGCAAGCGAGGAUUUUCAAGCGCCUGUUCAAGUCCGACGACCCGGCUUCGUUGGGGGACAAGUACAUUGAAGAUAUCGAUCCCAAAUCUUUGACGACCGUCGAUGGAGCGAUGAUUGAGACGGGCAUAUGGGAGGUCAUUGACCAGUCGUUGAAGAGGGCCAAGGAGAUCGUCGAGGAGAGGAAGAAGGAGGCGGAGAAGAACGGCACGGAUGCGCCGCCUCAGGUCGAAGGGUUGGAAGUGGUGAGGUUCCAAGGGAUGAGGGUCGCGUAUUUCGCGUUGGAUUCGGACUCGAGGUUGAAGCAGGGUGGGGACGGUGCGACCGAGGCGGAGGACGAGUUGGUGUUGAAUUUAAUUGCGCCGCUCAAGCAGGAUGCGGCUGCGGGGAAGAAGGUGUAG